GCCGAGCUUUGCGGCUGUUCGCCACAAGCGAAUAUUGGCGGAGCAGCGUCGGAAGGAGCUUCAGCUGGAGCUGAUGGGUAUCGCCCAUAAGCUUCGGGGUCCAGAGGGCGGCAAACCGGUGCCGCCCCUCUUCACGGCCACAGGUGCUCCCGACGUUCGAAAUGCGCCGCUCUUCCGUGAGCUGUACAAGCAGCAGCAGAUGCACUUGGCCGCCAUGCGCGAGCUCGUGGCUGCCACCACCCAGCAGAUCGGGGAGCGGGAGGUC